AUGCCUCCGGGGAGAGCGCUGGCGCAGCGAGACCAGGAUCGCGGCUCAGACGACAACUCCCGUCAAGAUGCCGAAAGACAACCAGAGAAUGUCUUCUUGUUCUGGCCCAACAUUAUCGGAUACAUCCGAGUAAUCUUGGCCAUUUCCUCUCUAUACUACAUGCCUCUCCAUCCACGCACCUGCUCUCUUCUCUACGCCAUAUCAUGCCUUCUCGAUGCCCUCGACGGAUAUGCUGCUCGUGUCUUUAAUCAGGGGACACAAUUCGGCGCAGUCUUGGACAUGGUCACCGACCGCUGCACCACCUCGUGUCUGCUGGUCUUCUUGGCGACGGCUAUCCCUCGCUGGGCUAUUGUGUUCCAGGGCCUGAUUGCAUUGGACUUUGCAAGCCAUUAUGUGCACAUGUACGCAUCUUUGGUUAUUGGCGGUGCUGGCUCAAGCCACAAGAACAUUGAUGAGAGCCAGGGCUGGCUGAUGAAAGUGUAUUACUCUAACAAGAUUGUGCUGUUUUCCCUUUGUGCGCUGAAUGAACUCUUCUUCAUCGCUUGCUACCUCCUAUCUUUCUCGUCUCCCGUCAUUCCUCUAUAUCUAAACGCAGAUAUCGAUGGACACGGCCCCUUGCACCCAGAAGUUGAGGUCGACACUUCGCUCUUAGCAAAGAUGUUUCCUGACCCGUUCAGCUCUGCGGCACUUGAGCUGGCACGCGCCAACAAAAUUGACAAAUACUGGCCAAAUAUCAUAGUGAUUGGAUGCUUCCCCUUCAUGGCGCUUAAGCAGGUGAUUAAUGUUAUUCAGCUGGUUCAAGCUAGCCAGCGAUUGGCGAGGGUAGAUGUGCAGCGAAGACAAGGCAUAAAGCAAGGAUGA